UAUUUAUAGCUAAAGGUUGACCCUUUUGCUGUAAUUGGAUGUGGGUUUGUGUUUUUUUGAAUUGAUAGGGAUUUUGGUUUGUUUGUUGUUCUGUGAUUGUUUGCUGAUGAAGCUCAUGGAUUUAUAUGUUCAGCUCUGUGGGAUCAGUGUUCAGAGUUAUAUGGCCUAAGGUACGUAAUAGUCUUUGGGGGCAUAGGCUGAGAAGAAGUGAUCAGGUAGCAUGGAUGGAGAAUUUUUUAGAGCGAAUGGGAAAGGAAUAGCAGCUCCAUCUUUGGUUGAACUGUGCAUUCAUAUGGCUAUAGAUAAUAUAAGGUACCUUGGGGAUGUUGGCGGAACGGAUUUUGAUUUUCUUGAGCAAAUCUUGCCACAUUGUACAAAAGACCAGCUGAUGCAUAUCGAGAAGAGUACAAAAGGUAGGGAUUUGAGCCCAGUGACUGAUGAGUUGUGGAAGAAAUUCUAUGAGAAGGAUUUCGGGAUUGAGAGGACUAAUAUGGUGAUCAAAAGGAUGGAGAAAAGGAAAGUCAAUUUCAGAUGGUUGCAAUUGUAUCAGGCAAAAUUGAGGGAAGUGGAUGAGGCUGAAAAUGAAGCAGCUGACCGGUUGAAGAACUUAUAUAAAAAAGAAGAUGCACGUAAACAAAGCCGGCAAGUUCGUAUCUGUGAAAAGGUUCCACCGUCAAGCAAUAAAAGAAGAUGGGGUGGAGGAGGCAGCUACAACGUUUCCAACACAAAGAGCAACUUGCUGAAGAAAGCAAAAUUAGACUAUCUUAAAAGUCCUGAGGUGAGAAAUGCUGCAGUUAUGAAGAGAACUGCUAUCCAGAGAAGUGCCCCUCCCAUUAGGAACUCCAAUGUGUUUUCCGGGAACCAAUUGGGUUCCUCUUCUAAGCAGAGUAAGCCCAUCGAGAGGACGUUCAAGCCAAAGAAGAUGCCUUUCUGAAUGUUCUUGUAUGUGUAAAGGGAGAUGUGUCGGACUGAAUAAUCGACUGAGCUCUGCAACACGGGUCAUUUCCAUAAAAUCUUGGCAGUGGCUUCGAAUUCUUAGGCUCGUCUUCAUUUUGGUUGCCCUCUGUUGUGCUAUUACUCAGUAAUUAUCAUUUUUGUUCAUUUGUUUUUUUUUUAUAUUAUUUGGAUCAUCAUGCUAUG